UGUGAAUGUAAUUAUUUAAGAUUAUUGUAAUCACAUAAGUUAUAUGAAUAUUAGGUAUAAGAAUUUGUAAUCGUACGAAUAGCGCCAUCUGCAUAAGAUGGAUAAUUUUGAGGUUACCUACCAAUCACGUUACGAAGAUUGCGAAUCGUCGAGAAGCGUGAAGUAUGUUUGACAUAUGGCAUAACUUAUUGUGCAAUGCUUGGAGUAAAGAAAACGUGAGCUCGACAAUGUUCCUAAAGAUUUAAUUCGUGCAAUAAAUGUUAAGAUAAAAAAAUUCUUCAAGAUGAAGCUAGUAUCAAGAAAUGUAGAUAAAGAUGGAGAAGGGCGAGUAUCUCUUGUCCCUGAAAAUACAGAGGACAUGUGGCACGCCUAUAAUCUCAUUAGUGAAGGGGACUUUGUAAGCUGUUCCACUAUUAGGAAAGUGCAAAUGGAAUCUGCAACUGGUAGCUCUAACAGUUAUAGAGUUAGAACUACUCUAACGAUAUGUGUAGAAAAUAUUGAUUUUGAUACGCAAGCAUGUGUUUUACGACUUAAAGGUAGAAACGUAGAAGAAAAUAAAUAUGUUAAGACAGGAGCAUAUCAUACAUUGGAUGUUGAACAAAAUCGGAAAUUUAGUAUCACUAAAACUAAAUGGGAUUCUAUCUCUUUGGAAAGAGUCGACACUGCAUGCGAUCCUGCACAGAAUGCUGAUGUAGCUGCCAUAAUUAUGCAGGAAGGCAUAGCACAUAUUUGUUUGAUAACUUCCAAUAUGACAAUCGUCCGUGCGAAAAUUGAUCAAGUUAUACCAAGGAAGAGAAAAGGAAACGUUUCACAACAUGAAAAGGGUUUAACACGAUUUUACGAGAGCAUUGUGCAAGGCAUAUUAAGGCACGUUAAUUUUGAUCUAGUAAAGUGCGUUAUCCUUGCUAGCCCUGGUUUUGUGAAAGAUCAAUUUAUGGACUACAUGAUACAGCAAGCUGUUAAAUCUGAUAAUAAAAUUAUUUUAGAUAAUAAAAGUAAAUUUUUGCUAGUUCAUGCUAGUUCAGGUUUUAAACAUUCACUGAAAGAGGUUCUAGCCGAUCCCACUGUAAUCUCUCGAAUUUCGGAUACCAAAGCAGCGGGAGAAGUAAGAGCUUUAGAAACAUUUUAUAAUACUCUACAGACGGAUCCUGCUAGAGCGUUUUAUGGCAAGAAACAUGUUGAAAAAGCUAGUGCUGCUCAAGCAGUGGAAACUCUACUUAUAUCAGAUAAAUUGUUCAGGUGUCAAAAUGUAGCACUGAGAAAAGAAUAUGUUGACCUAGUUGAAAGCGUGAAAGACUCUGGUGGUGAUGUUAAAAUAUUUUCGAGUCUACAUGUUUCGGGUGAACAAUUAGAUCAAUUAACUGGAAUAGCGGCUUUAUUACGUUUUCCUAUGCCGGAACUAGAAGACGAAAGUGAAGACUCAGAAGAAGAUUAAAAGCACUACUGAUAUACUAACAACUAACAACUUUGUAUAUAUCUGUGCUAUGCGCAAUCAAAAAUAUCAUAUUAAUAGUAAAAGGAAAAAAUGAUCUUUGUAUUUAUUUCAUAUGUUUAAGAAUUUUGUAUCUUAUAGUUUACAUAUAAUACUAUUUGUGAUAAAGUUGCACUUAAAAAUUUGCGUUAUGUUACAAUCGUUUGCUGUUUAUUGUUAUUUCGUUCAUAUAAUAUAAAACAGGAUUAAAAUUAAGAAAUAUAUCAUAGAGAUGAUAUAUUUAAAAUCUUCGUGAAUAUGAAUGUAAAUGAUCUGCAUUGGUAUAUGUAAUAUGAAAAUAUUAAAUAAUUAAAAAGUA